UUAGCGCGUUGUCUCUUAAGGAGCUAACAAAGCUAAUGUUAAAGAAGCUAAUGCUCACUUUAUUUAAUAAAAUAAAAGAAGUAAAUGCGACAUAGGGUCCGAGCUGUUUGUGUUUCGGAACACGAGUAUGAUGAGCAGAACUAAACAGAACCGCUACAUAUGUGUCAUUUAUAUCUUGUACAUGAUGCAUCUCGGUUGUUUUCGUGCUGUGGUUCUUGGUGGGUCCGGGUCCCGGUCCGCCCGCUGUAGGACCUGCUGGUGCCCGUCAUUUAUGGGGGUCCAACAGCACCUUCAACUCUGUGCACGUCCCUGUGGUUGGGUCAAAUGAUUUCACUGUUUGAACUACACCGUCUGUUUGUCCAUGCUGUGACGCGGCGGCGGAGGAGGAGGAGGAGGAGGAGGAAGGGGGGGUCUGUGUCUCCGUGCAGCCUCCGGAGCUCAGGGCGGGGCCACGGCGCGCAGCAGCAGCAGCUUCAUCACCGACACCGACCUCCUGCUCGUCUCCAGGCCGCGGCAUGGACCCGGGAGUCCGGCCUGUUUCCCCUCAAUCACAACGGGUCCGGUUCGAGCUGCGGCUUAUUCGGGGGACAAUACCAGUACCGGUGGAGAGGAUGAAGGUGGUCUACGGUUGAAGCUGCGGAGCGGAGACAAACCGUGCGCGGAGCGGGAGCAUCGCGCUCCGACGCACCAGAAAAUCGCCAUUGUUCGGAUGCGCAGAGCCUCAGAGGAAACAGCCGGAGUCCAGAGAGAGAGAUCGUCCGAGAAGCACCAUGUUCCCCCCGCGGCUCUUGCUGGCGCUGUGUCUGCGCUGGCUCGUCCAGAGUACGUCGGCGUUCCACGUGUCCCUGAAUGACGACGGUCUGAUUGUGGCAAGCCUCGAGCGUUCGGACCUGCAGGACAACGCUACGACCUACGCCGCCCACAUCUCUGGAGAACCUCGACUGAUCCUGGUUCCGUUCGUCAACGCUAGCGAGCCUCUGCUGAUCAACACGUCGUUUCAUGGCCUCUGCUACACGGUGGGGCUGCUGGUUAAACUGGGGCAGACCUGGUCCAGACCCAUAAAGACGGUACCAGUCCUCACAAAGCCGCUUCCUGUCCGGGCUGUUCAAAUAUCGGACUACAAAGAGUCUCCAGAAACUGGUGUGGUGUUUGAAAUUGACACUGCUGCUAGAAACGUCUUUAGCAGAGUCAACAUUACGUUCACCGAGGGACAGGAGCGACGCUCGAUGCUUUACAAAGAUUUCUACAAAGGGAAGACUGUGUUCAAGCACUGGCUGCCAGGGGUGUGUUACCGGAACAUCACCUUCCAGCUGAUCUCAGAGGCCACCGUGUACCAGACUGCCCUGGUGUCACAAAGCGAUGUCACACACGCCCCCGUCCACCACAGGACUGUGCCCUACCCUCCUCUCAACAUCUCACGUAAGAUUGUCCACCUGAGUCAGGGAUCAGUCCCAGGCGAAGCCCCCAAUGUCCCCCCAGCACAGAACGGUCGACUCGGUUCCCGCUGGGCCCGCGACGUCCCGCUGAUGGAGGAGCAGGAGGUAGAGGAGAUGCAGCCUGAAGAGGGGAAUACCUCUGAAGAGACGCUUGGACCUGCCACCCUGCCGCCCUUUGCCCCAACACAGAACCUGAUCGAGGCUCCGACCACUGACCUGACCAGCCCUCCGUCCACAGAGGCUGAGAGCUACUGGUUGGACCCCACGACGACGUCGCCGGCCAACAGAGACGAGGAGUUUGUUAACGCUGUGGUGUCAGAGUACGAGGACUCCAACGAGCCGGGUUCAGCCAUGGGUCUGCCUGCCGAAGCCUUUGUUCAGCCCACCAGACUACCCCCCAUCCUGCUGGAGCUGCGCUGGCUUCCGCCCAGACCCCCCACUAGCUACGACGGCUUCAACAUCUACAUCUACAGAGACGGUAACUCCACAGAAACAGCAACAGUGGACGAAAACACUCACGAGUUCUUCACAGAGUUAACUGAACCAGGAUCGUACAGAGUCCAAGUCAGCACACUGAGCUCAUCUGGAGAGUGUGAGGCCAGAGAGAGCUCGGCCAACACGGGCUUCAGCUUCUACCUCAGUCCGGGUGGAGAACUGUUGGAGGAACUGCGCGAGCGUCCUCAGGCCGUCAGCGUCCGCCUGCUGGACUCCAGCACUGCCGCCGUCUCCUGGGCCCCGUCCUCUGAGGACCACAACGGCAGCGUGGUGUCAGUGGUUUCUACUACCUGCCUGAAGCCCAGCCUGAGCCAGAGGAUGGAGAACAUGUACUGCAGCGAGGAAAACUCGACGAGCGACCUCAUCACGAACCUGACGCCUGGGGCCCAGUACCGGGUGGUGGUCUAUCACACCAAUGGGCCCCUGAUCAGUCCUGCCUCUGAACCCGUUAUCAUCGAUAUAGAGCCCACAGGUGUCAGGGAGCUGACCGUUUACCCCCUGAGUCCCACGGCAGUGAUCCUGAGCUGGCAGCGUCCGUACCACGUGGCCUUCAGGAAAUACGUCCUGCAGACCUUCUUCUUUAACCCGGUCACGCUGGCCUCGGAGUGGACCACGUACUACGAGAUCGCAGCCACGGCCUCUGUGGUGGCGUCAGUGAGAGUGACAGACCUGCUGCCCGCCUGGUAUUAUAACUUCCGUGUUUCCAUGGUAACGUGGGGCGACCCGCCGCUCAGCUGCUGUGAUAGCUCGACUGUGAGCUUCGUUACAGCUCCUGAAGCUCCUCACAUCACCUCGGUGGAUUAUUCUCACGGCGUUUUGUACGUGCGGUGGACGUACGGUGAGCUAUUCAUCGACCUGUCACACUCCAGGAUGCUGCACUGGCAGGUUGUUGCUGUGGGGAAGAAAGGCCCAGAGAAGAGCUACUCCAUCGAUGUGACUCGGAACGUGAUGCGAGCCAGCCUUCCUCUGCCUCCAGGUGACAUCUACAACCUGACCGUGACGGCCUGCACCGAGCGCAGCAGGAACACCUCCAUGCCCAACAUCAUCAAACUGGAGCCGGCUCCUCCCAGGUCUCUGUACGCUGUGAACGCCACUCACUCGUCUGUGACUCUGCUGUGGACUGAGGAGGGGGUGGUCGACUACUACCAGGUCCUCUGCAAAGCCAGCAAGGAGUUGAAGGCUCCGGAGCCCCACACGGCCCACUCUCACGUGUUCACAGUUUCUGGUUUGAUGCCCUUGUCCACCUACAACUGCACCGUGACCAGCUUCAGCUACAGCACCCCCAGCAAACCUGCUCACAUUUCCAUCACCACCAUUGCCAAAGAGAUGAACCCGAGUGUAGCGGCCAUCUCGGCUCUGGCUGUCCUCAGCAUCCUGCUGGUGGCUCUGCUGGUUCUGUUCCUGCUUGUUCUACGGAAGAAGCACCUGCAGAUGACCAGAGAGUGUGGAGCAGAAACCUUUGUCAAUUUCACCUCGUUUGAAAGAGAUGGAAAAUUACCCUACAACUGGCGAAGAAGCCUCUUUGCCUUCCUUACCUUACUGCCAUCCUGCCUUUGGACUGACUAUCUUUUGGCUUUUUAUAUUAAUCCUUGGAGCAAGACAGCAUUAAAGAAAAGGAAACUAACAAGUCCGGUCCAGCUCGACGACUUUGAGGCCUUCUUCAAAGACAUGAGCAAAGACUCCGCCUACAAGUUCUCUCUGCAGUUUGAGGAGCUGAAGAGCGUGGGCUUGGAUCUUACCCACGAUGCAGCGGACCUGCCGAUCAACAGGCCCAAGAACCGGUACACCAACAUCCUGCCCUACGACUUCAGUCGGGUCAAGCUGACGUCCAUGCACAACGAUGAAGGCUCCGACUACAUCAAUGCCAACUACAUCCCUGGCUACAAACACGCUAAAGAGUACAUCGCCACUCAGGGCCCUCUGCCCGAGACGCGCAACGACUUCUGGAAGAUGGUGCUACAGCAGAAGUCUCCCGUUGUUGUCAUGCUGACUCAGUGCAAUGAGCGACGGAGAGUGAAGUGCGACCACUACUGGCCGUUCACAGAUGAGCCGGUGAUGUACGGAGAGAUCAGCGUGGAGAUGCUCUCAGAAAGCGAGUCUCCAGAGUGGACCGUCAGGAAGUUCAGACUGGGAUAUGCUGACGAGACCCAGGACAUCCUCCAUCUGAACUACACCUCGUGGCCGGAUCACGGCGUCCCCACAGUGAACGCCAUCGAGAGCAUCCUGCAGUUCGUCCUCAUCGUGCGCCAGCAGGCCAACCGGACCAAGGACCCCAUCGUGGUCCACUGCAGUGCCGGAGUCGGAAGAACCGGGACCUUCAUCGCACUGGAUCGUCUGAUGCAGCACAUCAGAGAACACGAGUUCGUGGACAUCCUGGGAAUGGUGUCAGAGAUGCGAUCGCACCGUCUCUCCAUGGUCCAGACUGAGGAGCAGUAUGUGUUCAUCCAUCAGUGUGUCCUGUUGAUGUGGCAGAAGAAGAAGCAGCAGUCCAUCACCUCCGAUGUCAUCUACGAAAACGCCAGCAAGACAUAAGGAGGUGGCUCCUCGUCUUACUCUGAAGGUUGUCAGCGUAUCCUGUGCUUCAGGCAUCAUCUCUGCAUCAUCAGUGUUAAAAAACCAAACGGCCAAACAUCUGGACAACAGGAGGAAAAAAAGAAUCCAGUUUUUACUCGUUAACGCGUGGAAUGGAGUUUGCCUUAAGGAGCCUGCUCUGACUGAUUGACGAGCUCAACCACAAGCUGCCCUCUGAACCGGACCGAGUCCGGGCCACGCCGUAGCCCGUCACAGCCUGUCCUGUCUACACAGUCCACCCUGGUUCAGAUGUGGAGCCGAAGCCAGUUAGCAGCUUGAAUUUGUUUAGAAUCUCAGGAGUCUAGCAGCUGUAGCUCGGCUGCAGCUCUCCUGGCGGAUUCGGCAGCGCCGCACACUGCCACUCAGACCCGACGCCAUCGGAUCCGCCCGCUGUCGAAGUGCCAGGACCGCUGCACGGCAGCCAGCGCUGCACCCACCACUAGCACAAAACAGGUUUUAAUAGAUGCCAGCUUGUUUUUAUUGUUUGGAGCUCGUGUCCUGGUCAGAAUCAGGAGUGAAAGCGUGCUGGCGCUGGAACCAACUCACACCUGGAUGCUGCACUCACACAUGCUCACACUCCAGGGCCACAAACAUGACUUCAGCUCUGUCCCCAUCCUAUCGUAGAGAUCCACGCGAUUCAGGCGAGUUUAGGUACGGAAGCGUAGCUGAUUCUAGCGGGUGCUGAGGAACGAGCCCUUAAGUAAAAACCCCCAUGACUGUGGCUCCAGAGCAAACGGUCAAUCUGAACCAGGGUCAGCCUCUGGUCUGAUUCAUUCAAUAUGAUUCUACCAACAAGCGCGGGCCGGCGCUUGUGGUUUGACCCACGACUACUGAACGGACCGUAGCUGUGGCACGUUUACACAAACAGAUGUCGAUCAAGUGUCAAAAACACAAACGAUAAAUUAUAGAAUGAGCCCAAAACAUGACGCUUGGGUUGAAGUUUCACGUUUUAAACAUGCCUUUUAUUUCUGAUUUUAUUCUCUUAUGAGCUCUUUGAGCGACGUCCUCGUUGAUUCGCGACUCAUCUUUGUGGCCUUGUGGUUCAGAGCUCACGUCUCCCAUGUGGACGGGGCGGUUCGGUUCCGUUCACCGUUAGGUAGCAGACCGUGUACAUACUAACUCUACUACUGUAGGUCCAGUGUUUCUACUCGUCAUUGUGGAAAUGUUGCGUUAGAGGUUGUUUUGAACUCGUCGUGUAUGUGAAUCAUUACCGGAGCCAGGAGCCGGGUUUCCCCCAUCACUGAAGAGCGUUUGUUGUUCGGGCUUCAGCGCCGAGCAGGAAGCGGCGUUGGUACCGACCUGCAGACGCCUCCGGGCCUCAGCUCCUCCCGCUCCGUGUCCAGUCACAGUCGUACGUCAGUGGUGCCAUUUGUGUGUAGUGACACUAAGACUGAAGGGGGGGGGGUGUGUGUGUGUUGGAACAGAAUAUUGUUGUAAUCCAUUUGCUGGUUGGAAACUUGUCAGAACUUCACACAAUUCAGUAUUGACUCCAGUUUACAGAAGCCUCAUUAAACUGAUAUUUGUCACAUUGCA